CCCCCUUUAUCUCUAUACUGACAAAGAAACCAAGAGAAAUGGAUAAUAAGUUUCAUUUUUUGCAUUAUCUCCAUUUCUUCUUGCUUCUAUCUUCAUCUUGCUUUUCACUUGUUGCCUUUUCUUGGAUUCCAUAUAAUGAAAACAAGAACUAUGAAGGCUCCUCUGAUCUUGUUAAUCUUGAAUACCAUAUGGGGCCUGUUCUUUCUUCUCCUAUAAAACUUUAUGUAAUAUGGUAUGGCCAUUGGAACCCUUCUCAUCAAGCCACAAUUAGAGACUUCCUCAACUCCUUUUCAUCUUCUUCUUAUGCACCUCAUCCUUCUGUAGCUGAUUGGUGGCGUACCGUACGGCUUUACACAGAUCAAACUGGCCAAAACAUCUCAACUAUUUCACUUUCUGGUGAAUUCUUUGACUUUAAGUACUCACAAGGGAAGUACCUUAGCAGAUUAUCAAUGCAAUAUGUGAUCAAGAAUGCAGUAAGAUCAUACCGUGAAUCUAUACCAUUGAAUUAUAAGAAUGGAGUUUACUUAGUGUUAACAUCUUAUGAUGUUCAAGUUCAAGAAUUUUGUAGGGCUGUAUGUGGUUUUCAUUACUUUACAUUUCCAUCAAUUCUUGGAGUGACAGUCCCUUAUGCUUGGGUUGGUUAUAGUGGAAAACAAUGUCCUGGUUUUUGUGCUUAUCCUUUUGCUUGGCCUAAGAAUUCAGGGAAGCCACCACCAAACACAAGAAAUGGAGGAAACAACUUAAUGGGGGCGCCAAAUGGUGAUCCGGGGGUCGAUGGGAUGAUCAGUGUGAUAGCUCAUGAGCUAGCUGAGGUAUCUAGUAACCCUCUUGUGAAUGCUUGGUAUGCUGGGGAUAAUCCUAUUUCACCUACUGAGAUUGCUGAUUUGUGUUUGGGAGUUUAUGGGACUGGUGCUGGUGGUGGAUAUGUUGGACAAGUUUAUAAGGAUUUUCGGGGGAAUGGUUUCAAUUUACAUGGAGUAAAAGGGAGAAAGUUUCUUGUUCAAUGGGUCUGGAAUCCUCUCAGGAGAAGAUGCUUUGGUCCUAAUGCCAUGGAUUAGGCAAAUAGAAGGAUGUUCUUCUUGUACAGAGUUGUUUUCACGUUAAAUUAUGCCUGUUUAAGUAUAUCGCGUUAUGUAAUUUCUUUCGUUUCCCCUAAUGUAUGCUUCAGAAAAUAAUCGCGUUAUUGUUA